CGUCCAUGUGAGAAGAUGGGGGACAGAGAUCGCCCACCUUGGAGCGUGCGGUCCCACUCCUGGUGCGGGAGGUCCCACCUGAACAUACGGCGGUCCCUCAGCAUGCCGGACGGGGCCGUGGUGACUCUGCGCCGAGAGGAGCACGCAGACAGGCCCGGUCAGGCACUGGGACUCGGCGCUCGGCAGGACGCUGAGAGGGACACCGAAGGCGCGGCGACACCCUCCCGGCAUUGCGACCACGAGAUCCUGGAAGCAGCAGCCAUCUACGAGCGCCACCGGCAUCGGAGGAACAGCAACCCGGCCCUGAUGGCAGCCAAGCCCUGCUCGCUCAGGCUGCGCCCCAUCCGCAUCGCGGUGACGGACAGCGAUGGCGAGGCGGCCGAGGACAUCCUUCAGGACGACCGUUUUGAUGUUGAGAAUGGCCCACCACCAAGUCGCAGUCCUUUGGAGGCGGCCAGUCCAUCUUCAGGCCUUAUUCUACAGGCCAACUUCCCUCAGCGAAGGGAGUCCUUUCUCUACCGGUCGGACAGUGAAUUCGAGCUGUCACCCAAGUCUAUGUCCAGAAAUUCCUCCAUCGCUAGCGAGACUUCUCAACAGCAACAACAACAACAACAAUGUCAACAACAACAAUGUCAACAACCCCAGCCCAACAAGCUCCCAUCCUCUCGGAGGUCCUCUAUUGCCAGUAGUGUGCACGAGAGUGAUCUCAUCGUUACCCCAUUCGCACAGGUGUUAGCCAGUCUGCGCAGUGUUAGGAACAACUUCAUCUCAUUAACAAAUGUUCCUGCAUCCAGCAGCCGACGCUCAUCUGUUGGGUCUCAGUCACAUCCUUCUCAGGGAACAAGUAGUUCAAGUAAUAACAAAUUAACGGUACCAGAUGAGAACCAAAGUAGACUAGCAAUGGAGACGUUAGAGGAGUUGGACUGGUGUUUAGACCAACUGGAGUCCAUACAGACACAUAGAUCAGUUAGCGAGAUGGCUUCUAGUAAAUUCAAAAGAAUGCUGAACAGGGAGCUGAGUCACUUUAAAGAGACGAGCAAAUCAGGAAACCAAGUCUCCGAGUUUAUUUGCAACACCUUCUUAGAUAAACAGCAAGAGAUCGACCUCCCCUCCCCAACAGAGAAGGACUCCCCUGAGGAGAACAAGCCCCCAGGGAGAACAAAAGGACCAUUGUCUCAUGUUUCAGCACUUCUCAUCAUGCCAGAGUCUGUGACCAAUUUUGAGUCUGGCUUGAGAAAACUAAGACACGCCAACAGUUUCACAGGCAUCGUGCCCAGGUUUGGGGUGGAGGUUUCUGCGGACAAAGAAGAUGAACUGGCAAAGGAAAUGGAUAUGUCCAAGUGGGGAGUUGACUGUUUUAAGAUUGACACACUGACGAAUGGCAGAUCACUGACAGCUGUCACUUACACCAUCCUCCAGGAACGUGACUUGAUCAAGACAUUCAAGAUUCCAGCCAACACGCUCAUCACAUAUCUCAUGACGCUGGAGGACCACUAUCACAGAGAGGUCCCCUACCACAACAACCGGCACGCCGCCGACGUCACACAGACCACUCACUACCUCUUAGGCAUGCAGGCUCUGGAGAAUGUCUUCACAGACCUGGAGAUUCUUGCCUCCAUCUUCGCCAGUGCAAUCCAUGAUGUCGACCACCCUGGAGUCAACAACCAGUUCCUCAUUCUCACAAGUUCAGAACUUGCUAUUCUGUACAACGACGAGUCUUGUCUGGAGAACCACCACCUGGCCGUGGCCUUCAAGCUGCUUCAGGAGGAAAACUGUGACAUCUUCUGCAACCUGUCCAAAAAACAGAGGUCAACCCUCAGAAAAAUGGUCAUUGACAUGGUGCUGGCCACCGACAUGUCCAAACACAUGAGUCUGCUAGCAGAUCUGAAAACCAUGGUGGAAACCAAGAAGGUAGCCGGAUCAGGGGUACUACUGCUGGACAACUAUACAGACAGAAUACAGGUUCUGCAGAACAUGGUACACUGUGCAGACUUGGGCAACCCCACCAAGCCCCUGGAGCUCUACAGACAGUGGCUGGACAAACUCAUGGACGAGUUUUACCACCAGGGCGACAGAGAACGGAAUAAACAGCUGGAGAUUUCGGCCAUGUGUGACAGACAUAACGCCUCUGUGGAGAAGUCUCAGGUUGGGUUUAUUGACUUCAUUGUGCACCCCCUGUGGGAGACGUGGGCGGACUUGGUCCACCCUGAUGCCCAGUCCAUCCUGGACCAGCUGGAGGAGAACAGAGACUGGUUUGCCAGUCAGAUCCCCAUGAGCCCUUCACCUGGACCAGACAGUAAAGAGAAGAACGGCAGCCAGGACUCUCCCACACACAAGGAGCAGUUCCGCUUUGACAUGACCCCAGAGUUAGACGAGGAAGACACCCUAGAUGAUGAUGAUGAUGAUGAAGAUUCAGCCACGCCAGUAAACCCCUCCACCCCCACGCCUCGUAGCCAGGAAAUCAGAAUCGAGUCAAGGAUCAGAGGUCAACCGCGUUUGUCAUCCCAGGGGUCAGAGGACAGAGGUCAGCUGAUGAUGUUCAAGCCCCAGGGGUCAGAGGACAGUGAAGGGAGUGAAAGCGAUCACAGUCACAUGAUUCCGUUCGCACGAGAAGACAGUGCCGAUAUCGAGAGUGACUGACAGCACCGCGUCUGAGACUUGGUUAUUUCUCAAGGAGGAACAGACUUCAAAUGUUGUCCGCUUCUGUGAAAGCGUUAUACACGGGUUGGCUUCCAUACGACGUUGACUCUCGGACUGGACUAACAACAGAGGACACAUCAGGGUCUUAUUUGCUACCAGUGAACACUUACUUAGUACACCACACUUGGAGGGGAUCAUAACUGCUGGAAUUUUAGACAUGCAAGAGAGCAUCAUUUCUUCGUUCUACAACUUUAUCUGGAGUACCUCUGUUGCUUUCGUACCGGAAUUUAUAUUCAUAUAUCUACUGUUCAUCGGGAACAUGACACAGCUCAAUGGAAUGUGGGAAAGGAGAGAUCCUGAACAAGUUCAGGGAAUGUCUGAAGAUUUUCUGCUGAAGAGAAGCACAUGAUAACGAGGGAACACCAUCCUACCAGUGGAGGAUGUGGGACUCGAGAUCUUCUUCACAUUUUACUUUACGCAAUUCGGAAAAUUUCGGUGACCUUUACAUUUGUGUAACCCAUUCAUUCAUUGUUGCCCAGUGUCAUAGCGUAGCAAAAAUUAUGUUGGGUGCCUUUUUAUAGACUGUAAAUAAGUAUGGCCCAAGAGACUUAUAUAUAUAGUAGGACGGAAGGUUUGAUAAUGGGACGCCAACAUGUUACCACGUAAUAUUGAAAAGCUGGGAAUGAUAAAGACAUUGAAGGACACACUAACUCUGUUACCUCCUUGUUGCUAGCUGGGCUGGUUGGAACCAGAAAAAGAGGAGGCUCUGGAUGGACAAAAUCACAACUUUUCUCUACAAUGUAGUGCUUUGUAGUUAGUAGAAAAUAGUGAACUACUAUGUAAUGAUGCUGUUCUGUACAGCAUUAUGCUGAGGAUAGAUACAGCUCCUUUUGUUGGAAAUACAGCUUGUUGCUACUUCACUUCUAUUGACUGACACAAAUCUUAAAAUGUCCCUGAAUCUCCUAUUCUAGCUAUUUCAUAAAGUUAGUGCUUUGAACUUGCAUGUAACAUAAAUUAUGUUGGCCAAAACAAAGAAGGUAGCCGGCAAGAAUCCCUGAAUUUGUCAGCACUAUUGGAAAUAUCCGCUCCUUAGCUUUGGUACAUGUGUGCUCCAAACAGAAUGACCUUGUAACGUUUGAUAUCCAAAAACACUCUUUUUUCUGUACAUUCCAACAAGCAGCUACUUUGACAAGCUCCACAAUUGUUUGGAAGGUCUGACCAGGGGUAAGUCAUGGGGGUAAAAAAGGCAUACAUUUUUAAAGGACAGGAACUUAGAGGGGCUGAACUCAUUAUUAUCUAUUUUAUUUUAUUUCUUAUUAUGAAGGAAGUACCAUAUUGUAAAAUUGCUUUGGAGUGCUGCCUCCGUGCUAUAUGUUUCUCAAAUGAUUUCUUUUACAAUGGCACAAUUGACCUCUCAAUGAAAAUGAUAUGCAUACAUGUAUAAGGAGGAUACAAAUGGGACUUAAUGAGUGAAAGAGGUGUUUAAUGUACAGGUGCAAUUGAAAACUGUUGGGACAGCAGGUAGACCAUAGAAAUCACAGCUGUGUUUUCCUUCAUUACCAGGCUAGUGUUCUCACAUCUCAGCACAUGACAGCUGUACUUAUGUAGUGUAUGUAUAUGUGACCUUCGACCUUCCUGUAUAUACAGAACUCUAAAACUGCCCUGUACUUAUAAACAUUUGUAUAUAGAUAUAUAAAUUAUAUAUAUCUACACCUUCCAGUUCGACAUUAUUUGGUAGAGAUUGGAGAAGAAUAAUGCUAGGUUUUCUGUUUGUGAAUACUUUAAUACUUAACUGAUUGUGGAAUGUUAUGUUGUCUGUUUCACCAUGCCAGGGGCUCGGAGUAACUAGUUUGGAAGACGUACAAAAUGUCUUAUGAUUUUUCUCUUCUGUAUAUGAUUUGACGAAGCCCAAAUGAAAUUUCUCAGCUCUUUGGAAAUAGAUGCUCAACAUUACCCAAAAAUGUUGUAAUCAUUUGCCACUACAACAUUUCGAAGCAAGAGGCAUCUCUGAUACAUACGUGUAUGUUAUAGCUCACAGACUGACAUGGGGCCUAACUUGAAAUUUAUGCAAGUCUUUUCCCUGAACCUCAAAAGUUGGCAAUGAAUAUGUUUUCAUUAUUAUAGCUUUUGUGUAACAGUAUAGAUAUAUUUUGUGCUACUGGUUAAUUUACAGUACUGCAAUUGUUUUGUAAAAGAAUUAUGGGGGGGGGGGGGGGCAUUUUAACACUUUGCAUUUGCUUCACUCGAAGACAUGACAUGUAAUAUUCAGUUCCAAAGCUACAGAUGGCAAAAUGGACUGUUGUAAUUGUUUGAAGGGAAUUGUAUCAUUUUGAUGUUAGCUUGACUUGAGCUCGAAAUCCGUUACUUGGUCUGAGUUGGUCCCUCUCUGUGCAUACAUGUAUGCCUCAUUAUACUGCCAUAUUUGUGUAAAGCAAGCCAAGAUUUAAAAUUGCUUUAUCAAUAUCGUUGAUGAAGUUGCCAGAGACUCUGCAACACACGAACACUACAACAACCUUUCCUGGUGUUCAUAUCACAUCACAUCACUUCACACAUCAGUUCUUACACUGCAAAUCCAAGCUGUGGCCAUCCGCUGUAUCCGGGGUAUUUAUGUUGAGGAGGUAGAGAGAUGUGUCUUCAAAACUAUCAGGAGCACUUGGCAUAUUUGUGAGACGACUUGUGGAUUCACUAUGUAUUUAUUAACUGUACAAAUAAUAAAAGAUUGAAGUAAAAUUUUGGUAACCACA